AUGGCGUCUGGGUGUGGGCAGCGCUCGGCCGUGCUGCUGAGGGAGGAGCUGCUCAACUGUGGGACCGUGCUGCAGAUCUCGGAUUUACCAGAUGAUGGCUUUUCUGAUCAGGAUAUCAAGAAGAUCGUGCAGCCUUUUGGCAAAGUCAGUGACCUGAUUGUGCUUCGCUCCAGGAAUGAGGCCUUCCUGGAGAUGAACUACAAAGAAGCCGUGAUCGCAGCGGUGAAGUACGGUGAAACGGUGCCAGUGCUGGUGAAUGGCAAGAGGGUGAAGAUCAGCAUAGCAGAGAAACCCAGAGCUCCCCCGGGGCAGGCCAAAAAGGCUAUAAAGAAACGGGCUCAGAAUGUUAAAAAGGCUGCACCAGGCACGAGGAAAGAUCUGAAUGCCACCACAAAGAAGUUCAUUGCAGCCACAUCUCCAGAUGAAGAUGUUCAGAUCCCAGUGGAAGCUGAAACAGAAGCUGAGGAGGCAAAGCUGUCAGAGCCAAAGAACAUCACAGAAGGGGACAAAGAUCCAGAGGCUGGGAAGGCAGCAGAGACUCAGGCCAAAGGAGCCACUAAUCCUGCAGCUGUGCUAGAGACAGUCUCCCAGAUGCCUCAGGUGGCAGCAGUGGACUUGAAUGAGUUAAAUAAAGCUUUAAUUGGCCAAGAAGUCACCAUAAUGACAGUAAAGAGUGAAGAACCCACAGACCCAGAAGGCCAGGUCAGUGUAAAGGAGGGGGAUGAUUCCUGCGUGAUCCUUAUUUCAAACCUGCCUGAGAAAGGCUUUUCUGUGGAGGAAGUUUCCAACCUCGCAAAGCCGUUUGGGGGACUGAGGGAUGUGCUGAUCUUGUCAUCUCAUAAGAAGGCAUAUCUUGAAAUCAGUAGAAAAUGUGCCGAUUCCAUGGUCAAGUUUUACACCUGCUUUCCCAUGUCUCUGGAUGGAAACCAGCUCUGCAUCAGCAUGCUGCCGCAGUACCAGAGUGUCAAAGAUGAAGAAGCACUAUUCACUGCUCUCAUUAAAGACUCUGACCCGAAGGUAAAUACUGAAACUGUUCACAGCCAGUUUGUGCAUCUGGGGAACUUGCCAGAUGAUGGGUACAGAGAGCUCGAAGUCGUUUGUGUGGGACUUCGCUUUGGAAAAGUGGAUCAUUAUGUUGUGCUGAAGAACAAGAACAAGGCAAUCCUGCAGCUGGAUAGUCCCAAGUCAGCCAGGUCAAUGUUCAGCUUCCUGAGGCAGUACCCAUACAGCAUGGGUGAGCACACACUGACCUGCACCCUGUCACCCAAGGGAGAGGCUGCGGAGGCUGAAGCUGUGAAGGCAGAGGUGAAGCAGGAGGAGCCAGGCCCGGGCAGCUCUGGCUUGAAAAAAUAUCCAGAGGGAUCAGGAGUGGUGCAAAGAGCAGCUGCUAAUCCUCCAGUAGAGCCCAGUGUGGCAAAGAAAGGAGCCGUUGCCAUCUCUCAUGUCAAAGAAGAGGUGUCAGCAGGACACAUGGAGCCCUCUGAGUCCCACCUUGAAAGAGCAGGAAGGGACUUCGCUGCGAGACUGGUGGAGGCGCCGGUGGAGAAGGUGGACAUUGGAGUUCCUGCAGCAUCCAUCAAACCCUCUGGCACUGAGACACCCCAAGUGAAGCUGGAGGAGAUGCCGCCACCAUCACCCAGCAUGGAGAAAGAGGAGGCAGCUCAAGAUGAUACCAAACCAGUGCUGCCUGAACCUGCUGUUGUGUCUGCACCAAAGAAGGAGGCUAAAGAGAAAGCUGAAGGGUUGUCCCCUCCUGCUGUUGAACCACCAGAAGAACUGUCCCACGUGGGCAAGGCUGAAGAUGCGCCACCAGGUUGUGCUGAGACCCCGGCGGGAGGGGAAGCUGUGGUGGUUGUCCCCAGGGUGAUGCCCCCCAGCUCUGGCCUGGCACCAGUGCAGGUGGUGUCAUCUGUGGUGACACGACCAACCAACAGAUUGGAUGCUCCUGAAAAGAAACCUGGGUUUGAUGUGGUGAAACCCAAACUUGAAACGUCCGUGGCUCUGCUAACGGAGAAGAAACCUGUGCUGAAAGCUUGGGCAGCUGUGGAGAAGAAGCUGGAUGGAGCUGGAGCAGGCAGAGAGGUGAAAGCAGAAGAGUCUGCACUCAGAGCGGGAAGAGCUGUGGAGGAGAACCCCAGAAAGCUUUUGGUCAAGACUGGGGCAGAGGCACAGAAGAAACUGGAACAACCCAUGGCCAAGGUUGGGGCUGUUGCGGUGAAGGCUGCAAGUGCUGUCAGUGAGAAGAGUGAGGGAAGUUUGGUCAAAGCCCAUCUAAAUAAGGGGGCAGGAGCAUCAAGAGCUGAUGAAACCCACAAAGCUCUUACAUUGAACUCCCCUGUGUGUGUCAAGGAAUGUUCCUCUGCUGCUAAAACGAUCCUGAGGGCAGUGCUGUCUCUUCCAGACAUAGCCAAGUCAAGGGUUCCAGUGUGGAGAAACGAGCCUUCCUCGUGUAAAGGAGGGGAGCAGAAAACCCCCUUGAAGCCUGAGACCCAAAGCCCGGUGGUGGUGGUGGAGAAGAAAACCACGUCAAAAGAAGGUGAUGCCCCCAGAGCUGAGAGCAGCAGACCAAGCCAGGGAGAUGGCAGCAGCACUAAAGUGAACAGAAGCUCUGUUGUUGAUGGCAAGGGAGGCAAUGGGAGGAAUUCAUCUCAGCAAGAGAAGGAGUCCCGAGUGGAAUCUAGGGCUAGUUCAAAACAGACUCAAGAGGGAGAGAGUAGAUCCUCCAGCAUGAAGAAAGACAACAGCAGCACUAAGGUUUCUGGUGGUGGCAAUGCUAAACCCUCAAAAAGUGGCACAACCAGCAGUGCGAAACCAAAGGAGGAGGAAGAGCUCUUCCCGUUUAACCUGGAUGAGUUUGUUACCGUGGAUGAGGUCGUAGAGGAGGUUGAGUCUCCUGUUAAAACACGGCGAAAACCACCGAGGGGGAAGAGAAAAGCAGGUGCUAAAGCCAACUCCUCAUCCGCGCCGAGCGCCAAGAGGAGGAAAGGGAAGAGGUCCAUGGCUCACCUCGCCGAGAGCGAGCUCUCCUUUGUCACUCUGGAUGAGAUUGGGGAGGAAGAGGAGGUGACAGCCCCGCUCAUGGCAGUUGCUGCCUUAGAAGCACUCAGUGACCCUCAGGGCCUGGUUGUAGUGGAUGAAGUGAUGGAGGAGGAGGAACUUCUCUCGGAAGCAGUGAAGGAUCCGCAGUCGCUUGUUACCUUGGAUGAGAUCUCUGAGCAGGAGGAUCUUGGUUCCCAUAAAGACACGCCAAGGCUGGAUUUUGAGGAGCAGGAUUUGAAAGCUGAACCCUUGGUGACUGUGGAUGAGAUUGGUGAAGUGGAAGAGCUGCCUCUGAACGAGCCUACGGGCUUGAGCAUUGAGGAUGUGCCCAGGGAGGACGAGGAGGUGGCUGCUGAGGACACCAGGGAGGGCGCCUCCCCUCCGGUGCCUGACGAUCCCAGUGCGCUGGUGACGGUGGAUGAGAUACAGGAGGACAACGAGGACAACCCUCUGGUGACUCUGGAUGAAGUGAACGAAGAUGAAGAUGAUUUUCUGGCUGACUUCAAUCGUCUGAAAGAGGAACUAAACUUUGUCACAGUGGAUGAGGUUGGAGAGGAGGAUGAGGAGGAAGAAAACGCUUUCCCAGGGAAAACUCUGGCUGAAGACAAUGAAGAUAUAGUUGCCGUUACAGGACCAGAGGAGGAGGAUAUUGUUGCUGCUGCAGGACCAGAAGAGAUGGAAAUUCAGGGGGAUGUGAUUGCAGAAAAAGAAAUUCCUGCAGUCUCAAAGUCAAAAG